ACUGUUUAUAUUUUGCUUCGCAAAGUAAAUCGUAUUAUUAAAUCACGCACUGAAUAGGAUGUGAGGAAAAUUUUUUUUCUUCAUGCAUUAUUUUAAAACCUAUGGUACUUUAUCUUAAUUAGAACUCUCAUAAUGAGCUCAAAAAGACCAGCGAACUUUUCUUGGAUUGAAGAAGGGAAGCUAGCUGCUUUCGGCUGCCCUUCAUCUGUACCAGCUGUACGUUAUUUGUUAGAACAUGGUAUAUAUUAUUUGGUUACAUUAUCUCCUGAAACUACCCCUGCUGUGCAUUCAUUUCCAGACAUUACCUGGGUUGAAAUUAAAGUCAGAGAAUUUCACCCUCCCAGUAAUUAUCAGAUAGAAAAAUUUAUUGCCAUUUGUGAAAAGGCAUUUGCAGAAGGCAAGAAUCUUUUCAAAUUUAAGUAAGUCUUGAAAGGGAAGCAUUAUGUCAAGAAUUUGCACAGAUUAACAACUAAAUAUGGAAUACAAAAUUUUAUAGUGUGGUUUCAAGGUUGCCAUGAGGUGACACUAGUGA